CACAUUUUCCGAUUCUCGUCGCUAGGGCUCGUCCGCGCUCUCGUUGGCCGUCCGUUGCCAAGCUUCGCGAGAUACGCAGACUGCGUAACGGCCGGCCGGAGUGACAAAGAGAACGAGCACGGAGAGCGACGGAGAGAGAGGAGAUAAAAAAGAGCAGAUUCUCUGACUCGCCGUUUGGACUCCUGCGCCGGUUUUCCCUCACAGGAUUCAAGACUUGGGCGUUUUAAACACUCAGGCUGUCUUAGCGCGGGCUCUUUUUGUGACUGUUGCUGUGUAUGGAGUUAGCCGGAGCGGAGAGGCCGCGGGUAUCCGUCUCCAAACCGGGCAACUGGAAAACACUCCUCCGAAUCCUUGGCUGAAGCGAAGAAGGGGAGCCGCCAUGGCUGCUGGUGCUGCUGCUGCUGGGUCGUUGAGUCCCCACCUCAGUAUAUGAAGAGAAACACCAAAUGGUGUCUCAUUCAUACGAAACACAGCGCUCAAUCCUCGGCGUACUGAGCCCUUCGGGUGUGUUUCUGAGGUUUAUAAAUAGCAGACCAGUUUUACAGUGACUAGAAAAGGGAGAGCCGGCAGGUCUGUUUCGUUGUCGUUCGAGGGGAAACUGGGAAAAAGGCCGGUUUCAUGACUUCAUUCCACUGACAGACGUGUAUUCCGUGUUGUAGAAGUGGACUCCAUCUACAGGAAAAUAAGAGAUGAUCUGAGAGAAAGACUAAACCUAGGUGGACGGGAGUUGAAGAAAGGGUCCUUGGACGGCCCUCCUCCAUUUUUUUGUUGGACAAAUAAUUUAACUCGGAGAUAAAGGGAUCCCAGCGGGUCCGGUCGGAUAUCAUUUCGCAACAGUAAUAAGCGAAUUCACUAGGAUACCUGGAGGACUUUCUUUUGGGGAGGGAGGGAAUAAUGUCUGGCCGGCCUAGGACCACCUCCUUCGCAGAGAGCUGCAAACCGGUGCCGCAGCCGUCCGCCUUCGGCAGCAUGAAAGUCAGCAGAGAUAAGGAUGGCAGUAAAGUGACCACAGUGGUGGCGACCCCAGGCCAGGGUCCCGACAGGCCGCAAGAGGUCAGUUAUACAGAUACCAAGGUCAUUGGCAACGGCUCAUUCGGAGUUGUCUACCAGGCCAAGCUUUGCGACUCAGGAGAACUGGUGGCAAUCAAGAAGGUCCUGCAGGACAAGAGGUUUAAGAAUCGUGAGCUUCAGAUCAUGAGGAAGUUGGACCACUGCAACAUUGUCCGCCUCCGAUACUUCUUCUACUCCAGUGGAGACAAGAAGGAUGAGGUGUAUCUGAACUUGGUGUUGGACUAUGUUCCUGAGACUGUGUACAGAGUAGCCAGACACUACAGCCGAGCCAAACAGACCCUGCCCAUGGUUUAUGUGAAGUUGUACAUGUACCAGCUCUUCAGGAGUCUGGCUUACAUCCAUUCCUUUGGAAUUUGCCAUCGGGACAUCAAACCACAGAACCUGCUGCUGGACCCUGAGACGGCUGUACUCAAACUUUGCGACUUUGGCAGUGCUAAGCAGUUGGUUCGUGGAGAGCCAAAUGUGUCCUAUAUCUGCUCACGGUACUACAGAGCCCCUGAACUCAUCUUUGGAGCUACUGACUACACCUCCAGCAUAGACGUGUGGUCGGCUGGCUGUGUUCUGGCUGAACUGUUGCUAGGGCAACCAAUUUUCCCCGGCGACAGCGGAGUGGAUCAGCUGGUAGAGAUCAUCAAGGUUCUGGGUACACCCACUCGUGAACAGAUUCGAGAGAUGAACCCCAACUACACUGAGUUCAAGUUUCCCCAGAUAAAGGCCCACCCAUGGACUAAGGUGAGUCAACAGGUGUUCCGGCCACGCACGCCCCCUGAAGCCAUCGCCCUGUGCUCUCGGCUGCUGGAGUACACACCCACCGCCCGCCUCACACCCCUCGAGGCCUGCGCACACUCCUUCUUCGACGAACUGCGGGACCCUAACAUCAAACUCCCCAAUGGCCGAGAGAAGCCAUCACUAUUUAACUUCACCACUCAAGAAUUGUCCAGUAACCCAUCUCUGGCCACCAUCUUGAUUCCUGCCCAUGCGCGUAAUCAGGCCGGAGCCUCCACCCCCACCAAUGCCUCCUCCACUACUGAUGGCAACAGUGGAGAUCGCGGUCAGACCACCACUGCAGCCUCUGCCUCUGCCUCCAACACCUCGACCUGAGUGCCCCAGCCAAUCGCAUCCAGCCCAGCCCUCCAAGGCCAUGCCCAACUGCUCCACAGCUGAACUGGGUGGGGUUUGAAUCAUCUUCACCACCACACUUACUCAAGACUGCAAGAGCCAACCCUUAUUUAAGUGUUUAUGACACAGUCCAGAAAGAGUUCACCAAUGUACUUGGAAGCAGCUCUCUGAGUGUCAUUUCUGGAGAGAGUUGAGAGUGAGAGAGAGAGAGCAGUGAGCGAGGGCACAGAGGGGAGUACUCGUAUCAGACCUGUUAUGUAGGUAACAUUUCUCAUUCUCAGUGGACAAUCUUUUAAUCACAAAGCAAUCUGGUAGCCAAAUCCAUCUUCUUCCAUCUCAGUUUAGUGAGCCUGCUGUUCAAAUGGGGGCUCUCUCUCUCUCUCUCUCUCUCUCUCUCUCUCUCUCUCUCUCUCUCUCUCUCUCUCUCUCUC